AUGGGGUACACCUCCAAAUGCUCCGCAAUGGGGCACACCUCCAAAUUCUCUGCAAUGGGGUUCAUCAUCAAAUGUUUCACAAUGGGGUACACCUCCAUAUGCUCAGCAAUGGGGCUCAUCAUCAAAUGUUCCACAAUGGGGUACACCUCCAAUUUCUCAGCAAUGGGGUUCAUCAUCAAAUGUUUCACAAUGGAAUAUACCUUCCAAUGCUCACCAAUGAGGUUCAUCAAAUAUUCCAAAAUGGGCAGGUUCAUCACCAAAUGUUCCAUAGUGGGGUACACCGCCAAAUGUUCAACAUGGAUUUUCAGUGGGACCAGAAGAAGAAACAAAUACGAAUAA